AUGACUGCAACGACACAAAAACGCAUUGUCGUCGUUGGACUGGGCAUGGUAGGCAUUGCCUUUAUAGAAAAGCUGCUUAAAUACGAUGCCAAAUCAAAAGAAUACACAAUUACAGUCGUUGGAGAGGAACCAUAUCUUGCCUACAAUCGAGUAGGACUCACAACUUUCUUCGAGCACCGCAAGGUCGAGGAGUUAUACAUGAACCCAUCAGAAUGGUACCUAGAAUCUGAAGCUUCAUUAAAUUACCACAUCAACACAAAAGCCACACAUAUCAACACUGAUACGAAGUUUGUCGAAUGCGCAAAUGGCGAGAGUUACCCAUACGACAUCCUUGUUCUCGCUACAGGCUCAGAUGCUAUCCUCCCCCGCAUGCUAAAAGGAUGGGAUAGCAACGGUGUCUUUGUAUACCGCACAAUUGAUGACUUGAAUAAGCUUAUCAAGUUCUCCAGCGACAAGCAUGGCACUAAUGGCGUUGUCGUGGGCGGUGGUCUGCUCGGUCUGGAAGCUGCCAAGGCUAUGCUGGAUCUCGAAUGCUACAACAAGGUUGAUCUUAUUGAGAAGUCACCUUGGGUUUUGAGCAGACAGGUAGACGAGACGGCCGGGAAAAUGGUAGCAGACCAGGUCCAACAACUUGGCGUGGACAUCAACCUGGGCAAGGGCGUGUCUAGCCUGAAGACAGACGAAAACAAUAACCUCACCGGAGUCGUCUUUGAUGAUGGCUCGGAGAUCGACUGCUCAACACUAUGCUUUGCUGUUGGUGUCAAGCCUAGAGACGACCUCGCACGGGCAGCUAACCUCGAGGUUGGACAACGAGGCGGUAUCGUUGUCAACGACGACUUGAGGACAAGCAUGCCUGAUAUCUACGCCAUUGGAGAAUGUGCUAGUUGGAGAGGUAUGGCAUACGGUCUCAUCGGUCCUGGCGUUGCAAUGGCCGAAGUUGUUGCCUUCAACCUUACCCAAGCCAAACUCCACAGCCCUCAAACAUUCAAGACUCCUGAUAUGAGCACCAAGCUCAAGCUAUUGGGAGUCAACGUCGCUAGUUUUGGUGACUGUUUCGCUGAUCGCGAUGGCCCAAUUACCCUUCCUCGCAAAUAUGCAAAGAACUUGGUCAAUGGUGACGCCAAGUCUCCCAACUCUGUUCAGGCGCUCACAUACAGAGAUCCCUUCUCCAACGUCUACAAGAAAUACAUCUUUACCAAGGAUGGAAAGUAUCUCCUUGGUGGUAUGAUGAUUGGAGAUGUGUGCGACUACGUCAAGCUUCUGCCCAUGGUCAAGUCUCAAAAGGAACUUGAUGUGUCUCCUAGCGAGCUGAUCCUUGGUGCUAAGAAGGGAGAAGAGGACUCGGAUGAUCUUGACGAUGACGCUCAAGUGUGUUCAUGCCACAACGUCACCAAAGGCGAUAUCGUCAAGGUCGUCAAAGAUGGCACGUGCAAGGACGUCGCCAGCAUCAAGAAAUGCACAAAGGCUGGUACCGGCUGUGGUGGUUGUGUGCCCCUCGUCACCACCAUCUUCAACAAGACGAUGGCUUCCAUGGGUCAAGAAGUUACAAACUACAUCUGCUCGCACUUUAGCUACUCACGUGCCGACUUGUUCAACAUUAUCAUGGUCAAGCGUCUCAAGUCUAUGAACGAAGUCAUGCGCGAGGCCGGAAACGACAAGAGUGCUGUUGGUUGUGAGCUGUGUAAGCCUGUGGUGGCAAGCAUCAUGGCUUCGCUGUGGAACAGACACGUUAUGGACAAGACGACCCACGGUCUUCAAGAAACCAACGACCGCUUCCUUGGUAACAUCCAGCGUGAUGGAACCUACUCUGUGGUUCCUCGUGUAUCCGGUGGUGAGAUUACCCCUGACAAACUUGUCGUCAUUGGCGAGGUUGCUCAGAAGUACAGCCUGUACACCAAGAUCACAGGUGGACAGCGUAUUGACUUGUUUGGUGCUCAGAAGCAAGAUCUGCUGGACAUCUGGGGUCAGCUUGUCGCUGGUGGCAUGGAGUCUGGUCAUGCCUAUGCCAAGUCCCUACGAACUGUCAAGAGUUGUGUAGGCUCAACAUGGUGUCGAUUCGGUCUCAGUGAUAGUGUUGGCCUGGCUGUACGUCUGGAGGAGCGGUACAAGAGUAUCCGAGCCCCUCACAAGAUCAAAGGUGGUGUCAGUGGCUGCGUGCGCGAGUGUGCCGAAGCUCAAAGCAAAGACUUCGGUUUGAUCGCUACAGAAAAGGGCUGGAACAUCUUUGUCGGUGGUAACGGUGGUGCAAACCCCCGCCAUGCCGAGCUAUUAGCCAAGGAUGUGCCUCCAGCUGAUGUUGUGACUAUUCUGGACCGUUAUCUCAUGUUCUACAUGCGCACAGCCGACAAGCUCCAGCGAACAGCACGUUGGAUCGAGAACCUCCCUGGAGGUAUCAAGUACCUCCAGGAGGUUAUUCUCGAGGACAAGCUUGGCAUCAAUGCCUCGCUUGAGGCUCAGAUGGAAGAACUCGUUGAUAGUUUCUUCGACGAGUGGGCCGAAGCCAUCAAGACUCCCGCUAUUGCGAACAAGUUCAAGCAAUUCGCCAACACAAGCGAUACGACGCGCAACAUGGAGCUUGAGGAUGAUCGUGGUCAAAAGCGACCUGCUUUCUGGCCUUCCGAUGCUGCGGCAAAGGAUGAUUUCCAGGGUCUCAAGGAUAAGUGGUCCAUGACGGCUUGGGAGCCCAUCAUCGAAUCAUCCUACUUUGACGGUGCUGAUGAGUUGCCCAAUGGUAUCUCUGCUACCGUCAAGCGUGGCGAUACUCAACUCGCUAUUUGGCGUAUCAAGGGUGUUUACUACGCUACUCAACAAAUGUGCCCUCACAAGCGUGCAUUCAUUCUAUCUGACGGUCUCAUCGGCCAGGAGCCUCAUAAGGCGGAGCAAAACGGCGACAAGGCUGCUACUUCACCCUGGGUCUCAUGUCCUCACCACAAGCGCAAUUUCGAUCUCGGAAACGGUGCUUGCAAAACGGAUGAGUCCAUGUCAAUCGCCACGUUCCCCACCGAGUCUCGUUCCGACGGUAUGCUGUAUCUCAAGCUUCCCCCUGUGGACGAGCUCGACAGCGCCUUGGGCACUAAGAAGUGGAUGAUUAAGAAGGGUGAGGCUGGUGAGGCACCGCUGGCCAAGCUCGAUAGCAAGAUCAAGUUUGUGGGUAUUCGUGGUAAGAAGCCAUAUGUCAAGCCUACUGGUCAGCCCAAGAUGACUACCAAGCCGAUGGAUCUCAUGAUGGCUUCUAAUGGAUGCGGAGGCGGUGCACCAGAAUGGUAA